AACCUUUAAUCAUGAAGCUAAUUACUAUCCUGCUCCUCUGCUCCAGGCUUCUGCCAAGUUUAGCGCGGGAAGAAGAUGCCCAGGAAAUGGACUGCAAUGAUGAGACUGUAUUUCAGGCUGUGGAUACUGCUCUGAAGAAAUAUAAUGCUGGGUUAGAAAGCGGCAACCAGUUUGUGUUGUACCGAGUUACUGAGGGCACUAAGAAGGAUGGCUCUAAAACAUUUUAUUCCUUCAAGUAUCAAAUCAAGGAGGGCAACUGCUCUGUUCAGAGUGGCUUCGCCUGGCAGGACUGCGACUUCAAGGACGCUGAGGAAGCCGCUACUGGUGAAUGCACAGCAACUUUGGAGAAGAGAAGAAAUAAUAAAUUCUCCAUAGCCACCCAGAUCUGCAAUAUUACUCCGGGUAAGGGUCCCAUAGUGACAAACGAGUACCACUGUCUGGGGUGUAUGCACCCCAUCUCGGUGGAUAGCCCAGAGUUGAGGCCUGUUCUGAAACAUGCUGUGGAGCAUUUCAACAACAACACGAAGCACACCCACCUCUUUGCUCUCGGAGAAGUAAAGAGUGCUGACAGACAGGUGGUGGCUGGCAUGAAUUAUCAAAUUAUCUACUCCAUUGUGCAAACAAAUUGUUCAAAGGAGGAUUUUCCUUCCCUCCGUGAAGACUGCGUGCCCCUUCCCAGUGGUGAUGAUGGUGAAUGUAAGGGUAAUGCCUUCGUGGAUAUUCAUAACACAAUUGCCGGCUUCUCAGACAGCUGUGAAUUUUAUCCAGGAGAUGAUUUGUUCGAACCACUUCCCGAGGAUUGUCCUGGCUGCCCCAGAAACAUACCUGUAGACAGCCCAGAGCUGAAGGAGGCACUUGGUCAUUCCAUUGCACAACUUAAUGCAGAGAAUAACCAUACUUUCUAUUUCAAGAUUGACACCGUGAAAAAGGCAACAUCACAGGUUGUUGCUGGAACAAAAUAUGUGAUUGAGUUCAUAGCCAGAGAAACCAAAUGUUCCAAGGAAAGUAACGCAGAACUGACAGCAGAUUGUGAGACCAAACGCCUCGGUCAAAGCCUCACCUGCAAUGCUAACGUGUACAUGAGACCUUGGGAGAACAAAGUCGUCCCGACUGUCAAAUGCAAAGUACUAGACAUGACAUCAGUGAUAAGAAGGCCUCCAGGAUUUUCACCUUUCCGGGCACCUCGAGUAAAAAAGCCUAAAGAAAGUACAACUGUAAGUCCAUCCUACAUUGCCAGGGUGCAAGAAGAGAGGGAUCCAGGAAAUGAACAAGGACCCAUCCAUGGGCAUGGCUGGUUGCAUGCAAAGCAAAUAAAGGAUAAGAAUCACCAAGGUCAUAAGCAUGGGCAUGGUAUUGGCCAUGGACACCAGAAACCACAUGGCCUUGGUCAUGGACAUCAACUUAAACUUGAUGAUCUUAAACAGCAAAGGGAAGACGGCUAUGACCAUAGACAUCCAGUGGGACAUGGUCAUGGUCAGAGGCAUGGUCAUGGUCAUGGUCGUGAUAAACACACAAAUAAAGACAAAAACAAUGUCAAGCACACUGACCAGAGAGCAGAGCCUUUGACAAGCUCUUCUGAAGACAGUACUACAUCUACACAGAUACAGGGGAGGAUAGAGGGCUUCACAUUGAACCCUCCCCUAGCUCAGCCAGCUGUUAUCUCUCGUGGUUUUCAGGACUCAGGUUUCACUGAAGGUGUGAUAGCUACCACAUCACCAUAUGACACGGAGACCCAUGAUGAUUUGAUCCCUGAUAUCCAUGUACAACCAGAUAGCCUUUCAUUUAAGCUGAUAUCUGACUUUCCAGAAGCAACUUUCCACAAGUGUCCUGGGCGCCCAUGGAAGCCAGUUAGUAGGAAGGAUCCAACCACAGAAACAACAGAAUUUUCUGAUUUUGAUCUCCUUGAUGCUCUUUCUUAACUUAUACAGCAUAGGAAUCUUUACAAAUGCUUUCCCGGCCUCUUUUGUUGCUGCCCAAACACAAAUAUUGUGAUAUAAGUCAUCAAGCCAUGAGGCUCAGAACAGCCUGUCAGUAGGACUUUAUAAAUCCCUGUGGACUGAUAAUAAAACUGCCAUCCUUCUG